AUGUCUGACGACAACUUGGAGAUCAUUCGAAAGGUCCUUGAAGGAACCUAUGAUGAAUUACUUCAAACGAAUAAGGCUGAUGACUUUGUAACGGAUGAGACACGUGCAGCAGACCAAGCCAUUUUCGACAAGGUGCAGCGCUAUUAUCACACAUGCAUGGAUGAAGAUACCAUUAAUGAUUUGGGCCCAACGCCUUUAUACCCUCGCAUGGCUCAGCUAUUGAACACUAUAAAGUCUUGGGACAUCGAUUCUACUGAGGAUGAGGAUAUCUUUGAUGCCAAGGAACAUGCCAAAGGAUUGACCGAUAUGAUCUUUGAGGCUACUAUGCAAGCUUCGCAGCCGCUAAUUGCGAUUGGCGUAUCAGCUGACAACCAAAACCCCGAGAAACAAACAAUCCUUGUCACCCAACCCAGCUUGAUUUUGCAAUCCAAGCAGCAGUACGAAAACGAAAAGGCCAUGGAAUUAUACCGCAGCGGCGUGAAUGUGCUAUUGACUUCGGUGCUGGGCAAUGAUACUUGGGCCAAGCAGAUGCAAGAGGCUGGUAUUGAAGUCCGAGAGAAAGAAGAGAUCGAAGACAUGGUGAAACGUGUGGUGGAUUUCGAAGUCAAGUUGGCCAACAUCACAUUACUAAAUGAAGAGCUGCAGGAUCCAUACAAGACCUACAACCCAAUGAAGCUCUCCGAAUUGCAAUCAAAAUACCCGAUCAUUGAUUGGAAAUCGGUUCUUCAACGCAUGAUCCCCGAGGACAUGAAGGAGAUUCCAGAGCCACUUAUCGUUAUGGUGCCUUCCUAUUUGCAAGACUUGACACAGUGGUUCUCAAGCGGCGAGGUGUCUCUUAAGACCAUUAGAGAUUACUUUCUCUUGAAUGAGAUCUACGCUUGGGUCUAUGCGUUAGACACGCAUACUCGUCAGCUUGUCGAAAACUUUGUGGGUCGCAUUACCUCCGGUACUGUCAAGCUACUACCACGUUGGAAUACUUGUGUCUCAAAUACCAUGGGCUCAUUUGGCGAAAUCGUGGGUCGAUACUAUGUCAUGGCCAACUUUGGUGGCGAUGAUGCACGUGCCAAGGUUGAUGAGCUUGUCACUCUCAUUCACGAAUCAUGGCUGAAUCGUCUUGCUGAUGUGGAUUGGCUGGAUAAGGAGACGCGUGAGAGAGCCAUCAAAAAGGUGAACCAAAUCAAACAAAAGGUCGCUUACAGUACCGUGGUUCCGGAUGAUCGAUCACCUCAAUCGUUGAAAGACUACUAUGAGGAUGCACAUGUCACCGAUAGCUUUAUCGACUCUGAGUCAAGCAUUUUACAAUAUCAGCUGAAGCAAGCAUGGGAUAAACUUGGCAAGCCCACCGACAAGAAUGAAUGGAGCAUGACACCACCCGAAGUCAAUGCAUACUAUGCUCUUCUUUACAACGAGAUUGUUGUGCCCGCCGGCAUCUUGAGCUCUAUUGCUUAUGGUAAUGAUGCCCCCGCUUACAUGAACUAUGGUGCUAUUGGCAUGAUUGUGGGACAUGAAUUCACCCAUGCAUUUGACAACCAAGGCCGAAAGUAUGAUGCUGAUGGACGGCUUAAGCAAUGGUGGACCAAUGCAACCUCACAACAAUUUGAAGAAAAGACCCAGUGCUUUAUCCGCCAAUACAGCAAUUUCACUAUCACCGGGCCUGAUGGCAAGGAAGUUCAUGUUAAUGGCAAACUCACUCUUGGAGAAAAUCUUGCUGAUAAUGGUGGUGUUGCUGCUGCCUACACAGCAUUCAAACAAGCGUGGGAUCAAGGCCCUUUGGCCAAUGGCACCAAGGCCGAGCAUGUUAAGCUUCCUGGUAUUGAUUUAACACCCGAACAGCUGUUCUAUGUCAGCAUGGGUAGACUUUGGUGUAUCAAAUCUCGUCCUGAGAAGGCCAUAAGUCGAAUCUUCUCCGAUCCUCACUCGCCAGCCAAUGUUCGUGUCAAUGGUGUUAUGCAAAACUCAAAUACCUUUGCCGAAGCAUUCAAUUGCCCAGCUGGUAGCCCCAUGAACCCUGAGACGAAAUGUACCAUUUGGUGA